AGAAGAAGCAGGUGGGGGCACCUUAUCUCUCUGAGUCGACAUGCAGGCCAUCAAAUGCGUGGUGGUGGGCGACGGUGCGGUGGGUAAGACAUGUCUGCUCAUCAGCUACACCACAAAUGCCUUCCCUGGAGAGUACAUCCCCACUGUCUUUGACAACUACUCAGCAAAUGUGAUGGUGGAUGGUAAACCUGUCAAUCUUGGCCUCUGGGAUACAGCGGGACAAGAAGACUAUGAUAGGCUCCGCCCCCUGUCCUACCCUCAGACGGAUGUGUUCCUGAUAUGCUUCUCUCUGGUGAGCCCUGCCUCCUUUGAGAACGUCCGAGCUAAGUGGUAUCCAGAGGUUCGUCACCACUGCCCAAACACACCUAUUAUCCUGGUGGGCACCAAGCUGGAUCUGCGGGACGACAAGGACGCCAUUGAACGACUGAGAGACAAAAAACUCUCUCCAAUUACCUACCCACAGGGCCUGGCCAUGGCCAGGGAGAUCGGUGCAGUCAAGUACCUGGAGUGCUCUGCUCUGACGCAGCGAGGGCUGAAGACAGUCUUUGACGAGGCCAUCCGAGCUGUGCUUUGCCCCCCACCUGUCAAAAAGGGAGGCAGGAAGUGCACAGUGUUCUGAGGGGGACAUAAUGUCACCAUCACAGGAUGGACGGGUCUUUGGUCAAGCCACUCAAGCCAUACAGGAACUGAUUUGAACCACAACCUAUACCUGCGGUGUACAGAAGAAGUAUGUUACCUGGUAAAAGCAGGCUGAUGAGUUAGUCAAGGCAGAUUUUGGCCUUUGUUUGGGUUCGAAGAUAAAUUCUGUGUGAUUUAUGCCUUAAAAGAAUGAUUUUAACAUAUGAUGGCCUGUCUAUUCGAUAUUAGGACAAAGAUGAUAGAAGGACUUCAGCAAAAAUAUCUUGCACUCUCUUGUUAACCUGUAAUUAAAACACAAAUGUCUUACAAAACAAGGACAAAGACCAAAUGUGUAUCCUCCUUUUGCA